AUGGGUAUAUCAAUUUUAAAAAUUCAAAAUUUUAAAUCAUAUAAAGGUAAUCCCCUUAUUGGUCCAUUCAAGGAUUUUUCAUGUGUAAUUGGUCCCAAUGGUAGGGGAAAAUCAAAUAUUAUGGAUGCUAUCAUCUUUGUAUUAGGCCAUAACUCUUCUCAAAUUAGAAGUACAAAAUUAAAUGAAUUAGUUAAUACACAUAUUGUAACAGAUAAAAAUAAUAAUGAAGGUGGUGAUAAUUCGACUUAUGUUGCAAUUAAUUUUAAUCAUCAAGGUAACAAUUAUAGAUUUUCAAGAAAAAUUAUUGGUAAUGGAUCACAAUAUUUUUUUGAACAAACUCAAGUUUCAGCAGAACAAUAUCAAAAACAUUUAAAAGAUAUUGGUAUUGAUAUUGGUACAAAGAAUUUCUUUGUAUUUCAAGGUGAUGUUGAGAGUAUAGCUACACAAAAUCCAAAGCAAAUUUCAGCAUUUAUUGAUGAUAUCUCUGGUAGUAGAGCAUUGAAAUUUGAGUAUGAUAGAUUAUUGGGUGAAAAGUCUAAAUGUGAAGAUGACGUUUUCGCAUCAUACGCUAAAAGAAAAACGAUAGCAUUCGAGAAGGAGCAAUACAAGGAGCAGUGGACCGAGGUGAAAGAGUACCAAUCCAUGCAGGACCGAGUGGACUCUUUGAAAACUGAUCAACAAUUAGCUAAACUUUAUCAAACCACCAAAGAGAUGAGAAAGGAGCAAAAACUAUUAGACGAAAGUAAACAACAAAUCCAAUCUAUCCAAUCGGAUGAAAUGAAGCCAUUGGAACAACAAUACACACAGACUAGUAAGAACCAGGCGUCAUUGCAUAAAGAGGUGGUGCAAUUGGAGGAUGAUAUCUCGAGGUUGAUAAAGGGCAAGAAGAAGAAAGGCUCCGAUCAGUAUUCUGCCGAAGAGGAAAUUAAGUAUAUUUCAGAGAAAAUCAAGAAAACCAAAUUAAUCCUAUCAAAAGCUGAAAACAGUCGUAGUAAACAAAUACAAGAGAUUGAUCAACUUCGUAAUGAAUUAAAUGAGUUUACUGAACAAUUGGAGAAUCUAGAUGACGAAAAGGAGGUGGCAGAAACUGGGCUAUCAAUAAAGAUGGACCAUCAACAAAUUGAAGAAUACAAUCAAUUGAAAUUGCAAUCAGGUAAGGAAACCUCUGGUUUAAAGAUUAAAUAUGACCAACUAUCGAGAGAGCACAAAAUUGAACAGGACCAACACCAACAACUCACCUAUAGAUUGGAGGAGUUUGAAACUAUGAAAAAGAAAUUCCAAGAAUCUAAAGAGAAAUUUCAAAAUCAAAAAGAUAUUGAACAAUCGAAUUUCCAAGAUUUAGAACAGAAAUUAAAAGAGUCAGAGAAAGAACUCGUACAAUGUACCACUAGAUUCAAUGAGACACAACAACGUCAACAAAAUUUAAAUAAUGAUUUAGAGCGUAUUCAAUAUAGUCUUUCCGAUUUGAAAUCAUUGAAAUCUGAAAGUCAACGUGAUAGACAAUUCAAUCAAACCGUUGAAACUUUGAAAAGUAUUUUCCCAGGUGUUAAAGGUAAACUAAUGGAUUUAUGCGAACCUUCACAACGUAAAUAUGCAACCGCAUUGACUCUAACAAUGGGCAAACUAAUGGAUGCCAUCAUCGUUGACACUGAAGAGACUCUAAUUGGUUGUGUACGUUAUUUAAAGGAGCAAUUACUUGGUGUUGCAACAUUUAUAAGUUUAGAUCGUUUACAAAUGGUUAAACCAAUUAAUCAACAGUUACGUCAAAUUAGUGGUGGUGGUGGUGGUAGUACAGCUAAAUUAUUAUUCGAUUGUUUAAAGAUUCAAAAAGGUAUAGAAGAUGCUGUAUUGUAUGCAUUGGGUAAUACAGUGGUUUGUGAAAGUUUAGCAGAGGCAAAGUUAUUGGCAUUUGGUGGUAAAGAUCGUGUAAAGGUUAUAACUAUACAAGGUAUUAGAAUCACAAAAUCAGGUUUAAUGAGUGGUGGUGGUUUAUCAUCAAUUAAAUCCAAAUCAUCACAAUGGGAUACUAAACGUGUUGAAGAAUUAAAGAAACAAAGAGACACCAUAUUGGCAGAACUAUCCGAUGUAAUCCAAUUGAAUGAGAUUUUCAAUCAACGCCAACAAUUGACAAGUCAAGUACAUCAAUUGAAAUCGGAUUAUUCAUUAUCAAAGAGUAAAAUUGAGUUACUCAAUGAUAGAUUGAAAAAGAAUCAACAAGAAUUGGAAACCAAUGAAAAGGUAAUCAAUGAAACAAUCAUUCCCGAGUUAUCGGAAUUGAAUGAAACAUUGGCAAAACGUAAAACUCAAUUAGAUCAACUACAAAGUGAAAUCAAUUCAAUAGAGGAGAGAUAUUUCAGUGGAUUCUCAAAGAAAUUUGGUGUUGACAAUAUCAGAGAGUAUGAAGAUAACAGGUUGGCUAAAAUUCAAGAAAACAUUCAAAAGAGAUUAUCAUUAACUGAAUCGAUCUCUGUGAUUCAAUCACGUUUAGACUAUGAACAGGGUAGAGAGAUUGAUAAUGAAAUUAAACAACUCUCUGAAGAAUUGAAUGCAAAUGAAAAGAUAUUAGAUCAAGAAUUGGAACAUAAGAAAGAGAAUGAUGAAAAAGAGAAACAAUUCAAAGAGAAUCUAUCCGAUCUACAAAAACAACAUACUGAAAAGAAAUCACAAUUAGAUAAAAUGAAUAUAACCAUUAAAGAUUUGAAAAAACAAUUAUCAACUUUUAAUAAUCAAAUCACUGAUAUUGAAAAAUUAAGUAAUCGUCAUGAUUUUAAUAUUACAAAACUUCGUGGUGUUUAUCAUCAAAUUUUAAUUGAAACUAGAAAUGAAGAUAUUCGUUUACCAAUUUUACAAUUUAAAGGUAAAGAAAUUGAUCAAGGUAAUAAUAAUAAUAAUAAUAAUAAUAAUAAUAAUAAUAAUAAUAAUAAUAAUAAUAAUGAUAAAUCUGAAGGUGAAACUGAAGAUAAUAAUAAAAAACAAAAAAAUAAAGAUAGUGAAGCUGAAGUUGAUGAAAGUGCUGUAAGUGAAGGUGAAAAUGUUAAAAAACCAAAGAAACCAACAAUUAAAAAGAAAAAAUCAUCAAUAAAAAGAAAAAGAGAAACAAAUAAAGGUGAUCAAGAAGAUAAUCAAGAAGAAGAUGAAGAAGAUGAAGAUGAUAUAUUUAAUGAAUCAGAUGUUGAAGAAAAUGAAAAACCAAAUAUUUUACAAGAUAUAAUUAAAGAUAUAACACAAGCAAUGGUACAAGAUGAUAUUUUAGAUAUUUAUGAAGAUGAAGCAUCAAUUAAAUUCAAUUAUUCGUCAUUGAAAAAACGUGUAUUUGUUGAUCAAAAAACUUAUGAAGAAUAUCUUAGAAAGUUAACAAUCGAUAUUGAAACCAUUGGUAAAGAGAUGAAAAGAGUUAUGCCAAAUUAUAAAGCCUAUGAGCAUUUGGUUGAUGUUAGUGAUAAAUUGAAAAAAGUUAGAAAAGAGUUAAACCAAGCUAGAGACAAUGCAAAAACAAAGAUAGACUCAUUCAAUCGUGUUAGAGACCAAAGAAAACAAUUGUUUUUAAGAGCGUUCAAGAGGAUUGCAAAGAAUCUCACUUCAAUCUAUUCAGAGUUGACAAGAGAGUUGGAACCACCUUAUCAUAGGGGUUCGGCUCAUUUGGCUUUGGAAGACACUGAAAAUCCUUUCAACUCUGGUGUAAGGUUCACUGUUAUCCCACCAAAUAAAAGAUUCCAAGAGAUGGAUCAAUUGAGUGGUGGUGAGAAAUCAGUGGCUGCUUUGGCUUUCCUUUUCUCAACUCAUGGCUUGAAAUCAACUCCAUUUAUGAUUCUCGAUGAAAUAGAUGCCGCCUUCGAUAGUGUAAACGUUUUGAAAUUGGUGCGUUAUGUUAGACAUAAAGCAAGUAAAGAUCUUCAAUUCUUGGUAAUCUCUUUGAAAGAACAAUUCUUUGUCCACUCUGAUCUUUUAGUUGGUGUUUGUAGAGAACCAGAUUCACAAUCAAAAUCUUUCCAUUUACUUUUAGAAGAAUUCCCUGAAUCUGAUGAAGCAAAGAAAGCUUUAAUCUCAAAAGGUGACGAUGAAACUGAAACUGAUGGUAAAACUUCUGCAACUUCUGGUAGUAGUGAAAGUGAAAAUGACUAA